CACACACACAUACACACAUAUAGACAGACACACAUACAUAGAAAGCUGAUAGGAUCCACACGCUGAAGCUGGGAGUUUGCAGGGGCUGUGGGCCUGCUGUAGGACUGGAGACUAAAUCCUCAUCAUCAACGCCCUGCCAGUGUCACCAUGAGUGAGGCAGGUGGUGAUGAAGGUGGAGGAGGCAGCAGCAGUAGUAACACAGCCCAGCAGACAGAGGAUAAGUCUCCUGAGGAAAAGGUUCUGGGCAAACUGAGCGCUACCAGCAUCGGACCAGGCUGGACUAAAGUCAGCUGCCCCUGCUGUGUGUCGGAGCAAGUUGAGCCAUUAGUUGUGGUGAAGCUUGGGGAAAAAGUUCGCCCAGAAACCAAGAGGUGGCUUCUCAGAUUGAUUGGAACUCCUCAGAAUGAUGGAGGUGCAGCAUUACUGGCCCACCCAGGCGAGGACGCCAGUGGUGACAUCAUCAUGGUUUCUGCCCCGCGCUGUACGUUACUACGGGCCACCGAAGAGUUGGGUCUAUGUAAGACUUACCAAAGCGGGGACAUGGAGGCUUUCUCCUACAAUGACAGAGAACACUUUAAAGAUUCAGACAACAUGGAGGCGUUCCUGACACUGGCGGAGAGAGAGUAUAUAGUGAAGUAUGAGCUGGAUGGUCUGAGGGCACAGAGGGACCUGAGAAUACCUGGCCUGCCUGACAACUACACACUGCAACACAGAGACAACAUCUGGCAGAAGAUGAGGUCAGCCGGUGUGAUUGUGGACACCUUGCCACUCCAUAAAUAUGACCAACUGAAAGCUCUCAGUGAAGCCUGGUACUCUGGGAAUCAACUGGCUCAGCCGCUGGAUUCCGUCAAUGCAUAUUUUGGAAGCCCAGUGGCCUUCUACUUCAGCUUCCUUGAAUUCUAUACCUGGUCCCUGCUGCCACCAGCGAUACUGGGCCUGACCAUCACAUACUUCUCCGGUGAGGUUCAGAAGGAGAUGGUGGAGUCAGUCUCUGGCUCACAGGUCACGAUCGUUGACGAUGACGCAGGACCUGGUCACAUCAUCCAGGCUGUGUUCAGCAUGCUGUGGUCCACGGUGGUUAUUGAGCUGUGGAAGCGUCGGAGCGCCUCCCUGUCCUACCGCUGGGGGACCCUGCACCUUGCUGAGCGCUUUGCAGAGCCCCGGCCUGGUUUCCAUGGUGACCUCGGUGUCAACCCUGUUACAGGUCGCGUGGAGCCGCUGUUUCCUGAAUGGCAGAGAGAUCUCCGCAUGGCAUUGGUUUCAGUCCCAGUGGUGGGAAUGUUUCUAGGGUUGGUGGUACUGGGUAUGGUUUGUUUCUACUGGGGGGAGGGCCAGGUGAAACAGCUACACCAGGACUGGGACUCCCUGCUGACUCAGACAUUGCUCUACAUGCCUUCUGUGCUUCACAUCAUCUAUACAAACAUGCUAGCCAAUAAUUACAAGAGAGUGGCACUGUCUCUUACUGAAUACGAAAACCACAGAGAAGAGUCGGCCUUUCAGAACCAUCUAACAGCCAAAGUCUUAGUGUUCACCUUCUUCAACUACUUUGCAGUGCUCUUACACAUUGCCUUCUUCAAGCAGGAUGUGUCUCUGCUCCGUAAGCGCCUGGCCUCUUUGCUGAUAGUGAGCCAGCUCGUGAACCAGGUGACAGAGGUAGUCAUACCCUUCCUGGUGGACCGGUUCAUCAACGCCCCCCGCAGGACAGAGAGAGAAGAUGACCCACAGGAGGACAAAUUCAGGAACCAAAUCACCCUGCCUGUUUUCCCUGGCCUGUUUGGGGAGUACAUCGAGCUCUUGGUGCAGUUUGGGUAUUUGAGUCUUUUCUCCUGCGUGUAUCCUCUGACGGCUGUGCUGCUUCUCAUCAACAACCUCACAGAGAUCCGAUCGGACGCCUACAAGGUCUGCAAUCUUUUCCGCAAGCCAUUUUCCCCCCUUGCGGCGAACAUGGGCGUGUGGCAGAUAGCUUUUGAGGUCCUGAGUUUUGUCUCCGUCGUGACUAACUGCUGGCUGCUGAUACUGUCACCACGGUUACGAGAGCUGUGUCAGGGGGGCAAGAUGAGCAGCACAAACUUCCUGUUGUUGGCUGUUUUGUUGGAGCAUGUGCUGAUCGUGAUCAAGGUGGUUUUGUCCCUUCUGAUCCCUGAUGAACCGGAUUGGAUCAAGAAAAAGAAAGAGCAUAUAGAGUUCACAUCCAUGCAGGCCCUGAGAGAGCAGAAACUGCUAUCUGAAGAGUCCUGAUUGCGUUUCAAAUCAUGGAGGUGGUGCUGUGCGUCUGCUACAAUCAGUACCAGCAUUCCUACUGCUGUGCCCUUAUACUCCACCUUUUAAAUUUAAAGUGUUGACCAUAAGACUUCGGCUACUACUACCACUAAGUUACACGGUGCUUCUGCAAUAUACACCACAUUGAAAUGCACCUUUAUAUCACACAUACACUGCAAGUGCAAUUCAAACAGCAGCUAAAAAGUGUUUUGGGUUCUUCGUUCAGUAUUAGACGGCAAAUGUUAUGUUUACAGAUUAUGUUUACGAUAAAGGACGGUUAUUCAUACAGAUAUAACGAAUGGACAGUAAAGGGGUCAGACGGGAAAGAGUAUUUGACCUAACUGACGGGGCCAAAGGCCAACACAAAACACUUAACAAAAUGCUGCAGUUAUUUUAUCUGGUGAAGGACUCUUUCAAGAGUAUUUUUUGCUCGGUGCUGCCACCUAGUGAUAAUAAACAGUAUAGAAACAAUAGUAUCAUCAUUUGAGUGAUUAUCAUUUGAAAGACAGCAACCAAAAUAAUAGAAAAUCAGUCUUUAAACCUACUCUAUUCAACCUUUUUAUAUGUGUUGCUCAAAGUGACGAACACACGGAGACAUUUCAGCGAACAGUGCAGUUGCUCUGAGUUCUCCAGGGCAUUUGAGUGUCUUUCAACUCCUUGUUUUGGCUUAGUGUUGAAAAAAUAAUUUAUUGCCAUUUUGUUAAUGAAAAAACAAUGUUGUCUGUGGGUACUGAUGUUUAAACAUCUCCCAUAAGCUUAAAUGCAAUGUGUUAUUGCUGACAUGACAAAAAUCAUAUUCUUGACUGAUUGAACUGAAAGCGACUGCAUUAGUGAAACAGUGAUGCUGUUUUUUAUGAAAUAAUCACACUAAGGCUAUGGCUUGAGGUUCCUCAAAUGACAUCUGUAGCAUGAGGGAAAUGCAGUAAGCAAUGUGUCAAAAUGUCUAAUUUGCAUUGAGUGAUGGGUAGCAACCAAAGAACCGCUAGUGCUUUGCUAUUAGAAAUGUAUUAUUUUUUAUGUGUGAAUUGUUGUCUUUACUCACUCUUCAAUAUGUGGUGUGCCUAAAAACAGCUACUUGAGUUCACUAUGCUGUAACAAAUAAUUCAUCCUAUAGUCACAUAGUAAAUAUCACGAGUGUUCAAUCUUCACUGCUGGCAGAUUUGACUUCAUAUAAAAACAUGUAAAUGAAUCUGCCGGGGAAGUCCACCAUUUCUUGCAUCGUUGCUGAACUACUAUUGUGUAUUGUUCAUUAUAUAAGUUAUUGAUUGCUGAAGGUAGUAUUUUUAUUCAGCCACCAGGAGGCUCCAUACACUUUCUAUUUUAUUCUUCAUGCAGCUUUUCAGAGGCCCUGGUGGCUGCAGAAGGACUAUGUCAGCAAAGAUGCAUAUAGGUGGGUGAGACUUCUUCAGCUGCACAUGUACACUCUUGAUACUAAUUAUAAACCUGUGUGUAUGUGUGUGAGUCUUGUGUGUGUGCUCUGAUCUGAGGGGUCCUAUCUGGUCCUAGGAUCAGGAUUUCAGGUUAAAAACAGAGGUGACAGAGUUUGCUGGGUGUCCAAUAAAUUCACAAAAG